AUGUCUUCCUCCCCGCCAUGGGACUACAUCGCCAAACUGGUCUGCAUAGGCGACUCAGGCUGCGGUAAAUCGUCCCUCACAAUCCGGCUGUGCGAAGGCCGGUUCUCCCCGCAACACGACGUCACCAUCGGCGUGGAAUUCGGCUCCCGGAUAGUGCCCGUCGGCCCACCACAUUCAAAAAUGCUCCAAGAUGCAUCAUCAGCCACCGCCGCGGACACCAACGGCCUGCCGGACCCGCCGCGCAACACCCCCCAGAAACACAUGAAGUUAUCACUCUGGGACACGGCAGGGCAAGAGACCUAUAAAUCCGUAACGCGGUCCUACUUCCGCGGUGCCUCAGGCGCCCUGCUCGUCUUCGACAUCACGCGCAAAGCGACGUUCGCGCACGUCACGGACUGGCUAAAUGACCUUCGCCAAAUCGCCGAGCCCGACAUCGUCGUGAUCCUCGUGGGGAACAAGACGGACAUGGCAGCGGGCGAAGAAAACAAGCGCGAGGUGUCGGCGGCCGAAGCUGAGGAGUGGGCCAAGCGCAACGGCGUCAUGCAGUACGUCGAGACGAGCGCCAAGAGCGGCGAAGGCGUCGAGAUGGCCUUUAUGCGUGUCGCCGAACGCAUCUUCGAUAACAUCAACGCCGGCAAGUACGACCUUAACGACCGGAGAUCCGGCGUCAAGGGUCCUGGCCCGGGACAGGCCGGACGGCAGGUGAAGUUGAAUGAUGCGAAUAAGGGGUCUGGCGGGGGGUGUUGCUAA